UUCAACCAAGUUCGAGCAGAGUCCUGACCCGGUUGCCGUUAUACUUACACCCGAAACCAAACACAAACCGCCGAAUCAGACAGCCUCUCGCCGAUGUCACACCAGUACCAAAGUUAACCGAAAACCAAAAACCUUAAAUAAAAAAAAAAUAAAAAAAUGGAGAGAACCAAAUGUUUGGCUUUAGUUGGAGGUGGUGCUCUUAUAGGCUCUCUCUCAACGUUCUUUCUUCUCAAACUUCUCCAAACUCAAAAAAGAGGUGUUCGACGGAACUACACUGAGAAUGGUACUACUGAAUUGAAUGGUUUUGAGGGACGCACUAUUAGUGGAAAGAAGAGUGAUAAGGUGGUUAGUGACGAUCUUUUGAAAGAUGAGAUUGUUUCUGAACACUUGUCUAGGAAUAUUCAGUUUUUUGGAUUUGAAUCACAACAGAAGGUUAGCGCAUCAUAUGUUGUGGUAGUUGGUCUUGGAGGGGUUGGUAGUCAUGCUGCUUCUAUGCUCUUGAGGACAGGGAUUGGCAAGCUUCUUCUUGUAGACUUUGAUCAGGUUUCUCUUUCAUCACUAAAUCGACACGCUGUUGCGACAAGAGCAGAUGUUGGCACCUCAAAAGCUCAGUGCCUUAAGGAGCAUUUCUUAUCAAUCUUUCCGGAGUGCCAAAUAGAUGCAAAAGUGUUGUUAUAUGAUUCAUCAACUGAAGAAGAAAUUCUCUCUGGCAAUCCUGACUAUGUUCUGGACUGUAUUGAUAACAUCGAUACGAAGGUGGCACUUCUUGCUGCAUGUGUACGUAGGGGAUUAAAGGUUAUAUCUGCCACUGGGGCUGGAGCUAGAGCUGAUCCAACAAGAAUACGCAUCGCUGAUCUAAGAGAGUCUACUAAUGAUCCAUUAUCUCGAUCGGUAAGACACCGUUUGAAGAAAGAAUAUGGCAUUGAAGGUGGCAUCACUGUUGUGUUUUCUUUAGAAAAGCCCAAAGUUAAGCUACUUCCAUUUAAGGCUCCAAGUGGAGAAGAGGAAAACCCUUCAGACUAUCAGGUAGUUCCAGGUUUUAGGGUCCGAAUCAUACCUGUUCUAGGCACCAUCCCUGCAAUAUUUGGACAAAUCAUGGCCUCCUAUACCUUGACGAAUUUAGCAGGAUUACAGGUUCAAACAGAACCUAUAGUUAAUUUUGACAUGGAUCAUUACCAUAUUCUUCAUCAACGCCUUAUUGAGCAUGAGGAGACAUUGUAUGGAACUUCCAUGCAAGUGCAGGUAGAUGUCGAAGAAGUGAUGUAUAUUACAAAAGAAUUAUGGCAUGGAAGAAGUGCUAGAGAGCAGCAUGUGAAAGACGUUGGACGAGGAAUGUGGCGAUCAAUAAAUGAAUUAAUGCUUGUGAGGUGGGACAGCACAAAACCGGCAUCUGUUUCAAAUUUGAUUCUUUUGAAAUUCAAAGAGGUGGAUGAGCAUGAGUCACGGACAUUGGAUGAUAUAAAGGAAAAGGAACCAGAGUUUUACAGUAGAGUGAUAGCUGUGUUAAAACGAGCUGAAAAUGACUUUGGAUUAUGACAUUAGAGGGAUUAUAGCCAUUCCAUUUGGUAUAAUAGUGUUGUAUGUCUAAUAGUUUAUUUAUUUAUUAUAAUGCAAGAGACAAUUUGUUCUUGAUGCAGAAUGCUUUAGGACUAACGAGUGUGGUCAAGGUUAUAUUCUUAAUAGUAUUAGUAAGUGAUAUGUGAUUCUUUUGUUGGAAUUUUUAUGAAUUUGUUAACCUUGAUAAUUCUUGUUA